AUGGAUUUAGAAGCAAAUCAUCUGGAACAACAACAGCAGCCACACAAUCUUCCAAGCUUUCCUGGACAUUUACUUAGUGCUGACAUCGUUCCCACUAUAUUAGACGCUUCACCUGUUGCAGCAACUGCAGCUGCAAACGUUGCCGUAAACACUGUAAAUGGCACAACAGCUACAACUUUAUUAUUUGAUAGCACCUCGUUGAGUAUUGCUACCAACAGUGGUACCCUGACAGUAGCCAGUGCAAUCUGUCCACCACCAUCUAGUUCUUCAGCUAGCAUUUUCUCCAUCUCUCAACAUGACGUAUAUCGAUUACCAAAUGUUGGUGCUGUUGACCAAAGUGUUACUGCUCUGAAUAAUAUUGCAGGAAAAUUACCAAAAAUAGAAGAUGGAAAAAAAGAGUACGACGCAUCAUCGGGAGGUAUUGAAUGUGAUGGGAAUUCGAAUGCAUCACCGGAUACUUGUUUGAUCAGCAGCCAGAAACCACGCAGACAACGCACCCAUUUUACAAGUCAUCAAUUAACAGAGUUAGAAAAUUGGUUUUCACGGAAUCGUUACCCAGACAUGGCCACAAGAGAAGAAAUCGCAUUAUGGAUCAGCCUUACGGAACCACGAGUUCGUGUAUGGUUUAAAAACAGACGAGCAAAAUGGCGUAAACGAGAGCGCCAUUUAUUAACUUCUGAAUUCAAGAGUUUUCAACCAACCAAUUGUUUCCCUCAAUCUCUUUUACCAACCCAUCCACAGCUUGAAGAUGUCUAUGGCUCCUCAUCUUGGCAAGGUUAUUCUACCAGAAAUUCGAACACAGCUUUUGGUUGGGCUUUAAAAGCACAGGGACCGCUACAACAUACUUUCCCUCAGCUGAUGAGUCCAACGACAUCUAACAAUGCAACGACCUUAUCUCGUUUUGCUCCUCCUCAGCCUCCAUUUUAUUCACCGGGUUCUACAAACGCCACUAACCUAAUAUCAAAAGAUGAUAAGUUCAAAUUACAUUCUCAAGGGUACUGCUCCUCAGCCAUGCACAUGCCUACUACUGGUGUACAUUCCCAACAGGCUAGCAGUUUUUCAGUUCAGUCAUACCAAUACAAUGGUCCACUAUAA